UGAUUCCUUUUAGGCUUCCAACCAACUUUCCAUUCCAAAUCAAAAUUCUUGUCUUCGCCCUUUUUUUUUCUUUUGUCAACGUUGAAUGAAUUUAAUUUAAUGGUGUUUUCAAAUUUUAGUUGCGUGUUUAUGUAAAGAAAACAGUUCAGAUAGAAGAGUUUUUGUUCUAUGAGAAAUUGAUCAUCCGUCGAAGUGGUUUAUUUAGUGGCGAUAGGAAAUUUCUGUUGAUCUAGUUUUCCCUGACGUGUAGCAAUUACAUCUGGUAGAAAUGGAGAAAAGGAAGACUCUAUUUACGUUUUUGGCUGUUACGGUCUUUAUUUCCUUGAAUUGUUCAGUCAGCGCCGCUGCAACUAAGGAUACUGUCGCAGGUUUUUCAAACAAUACUACAACCACACCCGCUCCAGCACCAACUACAACCAAACCGCCAUCUCCAACUACUACAACGAAACCUACUACACCUUCCACACCUACUACCCCUGUCACUACACCUUCUACACCGGUCACUACACCUUCUACACCUGUCACAACACCUUCUACACCUGUCACUACACCAACACCACCUCCAGCAACGUCCACACUCACUCCACCUACUAGUAGCACUUCUCCUUCACCGUCUCCAACUGUACCUCCAACUCCACCAAAACCAGACAGAUCUUUCGAUUUACCAAGCUUCGUCGGUGGUAUAAUUUUAGCGUUAGGAGUUCUCGCUAUCGGAUAUGUUGUUUACAAAUUUUAUCGAGCCCGCACCGAUCCGAACUACCGCACUUUAUGAAUAAACGGAGUUUUAUAAUCUCACUUAUAUUUCUUUCUACGUUGUUUAUUUUUGUUGUAUUCUGUACUUCUUUAUGAUUUUAGAGCAUUUAUAUACGUUUUAAAUAUUAAUGUUGAUAAUUAUUGUACGUAUAUUGGCAGCGUUGAUAUGUGAUUCUGUUACAGGCUCCGUAUUUUCAUCUGUGUUGCGUGUGCGAUGGAUCUUAUACUUAUUUUGUAUUUUUAUUUUUUAAAUUAUCGAUGUGAAUAAGCUGAACAAUUGCAAGUGGUAUAUUUGUAUCGCUCGUGUUGAAUGAUAGUUAGUUAAAAAAGCCUAUUGUAUAAGUUUUACGUGUCUUUUUUUAAAAAGCAUUUUAAACCAUUGAAUUAUAAUAUUUGUGUAUAUACUUGAAUGUUGAAACGUAUCAAAAUAUAAUAUUUUAAUUUGUUUACAAAAUUAAACCUUGAAAUUUUA